UUCAAGGGAGGCGACUCUAUUGAAUGCAACAAAUUUUCUUUCCUGUCGUCUUGUUUUGGUUCUGAGCAUGAUGUAAAUAUUGAGCCAAGGACUCAAGUGUAAUUAUUUGAGUGGGCACAAAAGUCUGUCAUAGAUCUAACAUUUACUUGUAGUCCUUUGCUCUUAGAACGGUCGAUCUUCAUGUGUUGUGUUUGUCUCUGUGUUUCCCGAAAUAUGGCUACUGCAUUUGCAAAACCCAGUAAGCAAGUGAGAGCUAAACUCGAUUCAUUUGUUGUUGCUUUGAACAAGAAAGGAAUUAAGUUGCUUGCUUUAGACUUUGAUAAAACUCUUAUUGAUAUUCACUCGGGAGGCAUGUGGGAAGAGAGCACGGAUAAGCUUGUGCCACAUGUGCGACCUUGUAUGAAAGAUUUACUCGAGACUGCAUCACACAAGGGUCUCUAUGUUGCUAUUGUCACUUACCAUACACAAGGUUGGCUGAUCAAAGAACUACUGCACAAGGUCCUGCCAAAAAAAGUCGCCAACAAGAUCUAUGUCCAAGCAAACACUUCAGAUUUUGUUCAGCGACAGAGAGCUUCGAGUUCUGGAAGUUCUAGCGAUGGUUCCAGCACUGUAGGUGGCAUCAAUCGAAGUUUGAUAGUAAACCUCAAUGGCAAGGAAGCUCACAUUGCUGCUGUGGUCAACGACAUCUACAAUGAUCACAGUGUGGCGAUAAGGAAGGAAGAGAUUAUUUUAAUGGAUGAUGAUAUUAACAACGUUCGUAUAGCCAGCUCCUUCGGCCAUUACGCUUUUCAGGUUCAACAGAGCGUGGAUUAUCCUACCUUUGAAAGUUUUGAGACAAUGUUGUUAUUGUGAGAUUGUCAAAAUGUAAUGGAAUGAUUGCUGAUGUUGUUCAAAUACUUGUCAGUCAGUAGUAGACUUUAAUUGAGUCGGUUUGUUUGUUUUGUUUCGUUUGGGGGUUUUUUUGGGGGAGGGGCUCACUGAAAAUACCUUCAACAUUUCUUUGCUUUAGCUUAGUGAAAUUAUUUAUUAUAUUUGUGUGUGCAGAGGUUUACUUUCAAUGGAAAAAGGAAUAAGAGCUGUGUUCAGAAUGGUUUGUGUAUUAUCUACCCAGUGUUCUUUUGUGGUGUGAAAUUCACCUUCUGCUGAUAUUAAGUUAUGUGUGCCAAUAGCUUGUAAAAAAAGGUGCGUUUUACCAAGUUUGAACAGGCAAAAGGAUUGUCAUAGUGCAGAUGAUCAUCCUAUAAAUUACGUAAAGGUUCUCAGUUUUUCUGCUGGCUGAGGCGUAGAUUUUUUCCAUGAAAAAGGACGUGUUUUCCUAUCCUAGAGUAUUUUCUUCCUUCUCUUUUUCUGCUAUAUAUAUUAUAUUGCUUCAUUUCUUCUCCAAACAUUGUAUUUUGACUAUUUAAGCUAGUCCUUAUCUUAUCCUACUUUUUCUGUUCUUUCCCUCCCACUUACUUAAAAAGAAAAUCAGUUGCAUGUCUUGUUACGUCUUAUAAUCAGGUUAUCUAGACCAUCCUUUUGUAUUGAGCGUGCAUCUUUACUAAGACUUACUCCGUCAUUAGUCAAAGUAUUCUUGCUUGUUUCAUCUUUAACACUUUGCAGUCACACAGCCAGUAGUAAAAAAUACCCAAUCUGGUCACCCAUCCAGGAGAGUGACUGCUACGGACUUCUCGGGCCUUACAUGGCCGGAAUGGAUAAUUUUCACUGGUGCAUUAUUGGGCCAAGUGACCGCAAAGUGUUAAUUUACUUAUUUUAUCUACUUUUGAAGUAAUUUUUACAAGCCCUCAGAGUGACUGGAAAUGAUUCCACCUGUCUCUCUAAUAAUUUUGCUAUGAAAGUACCCUAACCAUGACUUAAAAUGAAUAAACGAAAAUGUUCAGUUCAUACAUGUUUCGUGCUUGCAAGAAAGUUAUAUAUUUGGAAAAUAUAUACAUAAUGUGUUGUGCUUGCUAGAAAGUUUAAUAUUUGGAAAAUAAUUAAAUGUACUUUCUGUGCAUGGUUCACUUUGAGGAAAUAAACAUUGUGCUUUCACCCUGCAAUACUG